UUGCCUAAUUCGCACUCUUGCAUUGAGCAUGUCCCAUAGCAAACCUAUUUGACCCGUUGGACUGCGAUGAGUUAACACCACGAGGCAGUCAAGUUUUCUCUUUUUUCAAGAUCGUAGUGAACCAAAAAAAUUAACAUUUGUAUUACUUUUUGGAAAGUCACUUUUCGUUUUCAAGUACUUCAAACAUGCUACAACUGUCCCUACCGUUUAUCAUCCUGUGUCCUUUGCUUCACACCGACCUUUUAUCAGAGGUCAGCCCCUUGCCCUUUCAGGAAGAAAGGCUGAAGUUUUUGAAUUUACACAGUGGAUCAAACCUGCUUAUGCCUUUUUUUAUAUAGUUGACUUUGGAGGGAAAAUGCUGGCUCGGUCUUUGAAGAAAAUAUGAACUGAUGAGAAGCUAGUUUAUCUUUGCAGUGCAAAAGAUAAGAUGGUUUCUAACCUAACCACUAUACUCCUGUGUUGUUCAUCAAGUGCCCAACGACCAGCUUUCCAUCCGUCUGCUGUCAGUGCAGUUGCUGCCAGUGUGGGUUUUCUCCCCAGGUGUUACAUGUCAAUUUGUCACUUUUAAAACUUGUGUCUAUAUUUGCAGGGGGGCUACCUGGGUUUGGUCUAAUCUGGAGAAAUGGAGUUGUCCCGCUGGUUACAGGCCAUCUUAUUUCGUGCUAGAGGGGGGUAAAGGAGUGGGGAGGAGCAUCAGGGAGCCACCAGCUCCCCUGCUCUGUCGCUCCACCCCCCGCGCGCUCGCUGAGGAUUGGUGGAGUAUGCGCGCUGAGAGCUGUCUUCCUGACCGUUUUGCUUCAGUGCUCAGGCGCACUCACUCGCUUUCUGUGCACAGAUACAUUGUUUUCUUGUCAGUGUGGUUAAGAGUGAAGACUUUAUCCAGCUGUUUAUCUGCUCUGAUAGCAGCUGUCUUUGCAUAGCAUCUUUAACUUUGGGGGGGGGGUAAAGCAGCUUGUUCACAAUCGCCUUAAAGUGGUCAACGUCGCGUCAGGCAGACAGCUCACUAUCUGUGCUCCACCGCCUGCGUCAGAUGCUGGUUUAGAAAGACAGACACGCGCGCAGCAGCAGCGAUGACCUCUUUAUUUCAGAGCUGUGGAGGCUUCUAGAUACAAAUAAUCAAACCACAGACUUUUCUCCCUACCCAUUGGCCAGGACUCAAGAAAGCAGGCCAGGAUAAAGAAAUCAAAGUUUCAAAACUAUUUCAUGAAGAUGCUAAAAGAAAAAAAGAAAAGCAAUGAUUAAUAUUUCUUGCCUUUUUCUUCAAACCUGUAAUUUUAUUCCCAAAGAGAUGGGAUCAGUUCAUUUGGGCAAGAUCAAGCCAGUAACUGCCCUCCUGUAGUUUUGUGUUAAAGUGAAAUUGAAGAACAACCAGAGCCUGAUUCUACGUCAGCGAUAAAUUGAACAUGUCAAAGCCUUUCUUCCCUCCCAGUUACCCUUAAAGCAUUCCUCUUGAUUUGAUUUUUUUGUUUUUUGUUUUAAAUGAAACAUUCAUUGCAUGACUGAAAACUUAGGAAUAGUGUUACUGUUUUUCUGUUUGUUGUGAUUUGGAAGAACGUGUUUUAUUUCCAUAUUAAGAAAAGAAUGUAUUGUUUGAGAACUUUUACUAACGAUCUUGUUUUCUGAUUUUGUCUCUUUUGGUUUUUUCCACAACUGAUAUUGUUAUUUAGAAAGUUUCAGGUGGGUGACACUAUUCCUGCGUAGGUGCCUGGCGGAAAGGAACACUAGGGCAGCCUCAGUCCUCUCCUCUUCUUCCAGCCAGCUGCGACCGCCACUCUGACAAAGUCCAAAAAUAUGGCUUGCUACCUGAAAGCCAUUGAGACUCAGCCCAACUUUGCAGUGGCUUGGAGCAACCUGGGCUGUGUGUUCAAUGCCCAGGGAGAGAUCUGGCUGGCCAUACACCACUUCGAAAAGGCUGUGACUUUGGAUCCGAAUUUUCUGGAUGCCUACAUCAAUUUAGGCAACGUUUUGAAGGAAGCUCGCAUCUUUGACAGAGCUGUGGCUGGAUACCUGAGGGCUCUGAGCCUGAGUCCCAACCAUGCCGUCGUCCAUGGAAACCUGGCCUGUGUCUACUACGAGCAGGGCCUCAUUGAUCUGGCCAUCGACACGUACCGUCGUGCGAUUGAAUUGCAGCCACACUUUCCUGAUGCCUACUGCAACUUGGCAAACGCCCUCAAGGAGAAAGGAAAUGUAGUGUCGGAAGCUGAGGAAUGCUACAACACUGCUUUGCGUUUGUGUCCAACUCACGCCGACUCGCUCAAUAACUUGGCCAACAUCAAGCGUGAGCAGGGUAACAUUGAAGAGGCUGUUCAGCUCUACAGAAAAGCCCUAGAGGUGUUCCCCGAAUUUGCGGCAGCUCACUCUAACCUGGCCAGUGUCCUGCAGCAGCAGGGGAAACUUCAGGAGGCCCUCAUGCACUACAAGGAGGCCAUUAGGAUCAGCCCCACCUUUGCUGAUGCCUACUCCAACAUGGGCAAUACACUGAAGGAAAUGCAAGACGUACAAGGAGCUCUGCAGUGCUACACCCGUGCCAUCCAGAUCAACCCCGCCUUUGCUGACGCUCACAGCAAUCUGGCCUCCAUUCACAAGGAUUCUGGAAACAUCCCAGAGGCCAUCGCAUCUUAUCGCACAGCCUUAAAGCUGAAGCCAGACUUCCCUGAUGCUUACUGCAAUCUGGCCCACUGCCUACAGAUUGUUUGUGACUGGACAGAUUAUGACGAGCGGAUGAAAAAGCUUGUGAGCAUUGUAGCUGACCAGCUGGACAAGAACCGCCUGCCGUCAGUGCACCCACACCACAGCAUGCUGUAUCCGCUCUCUCACAACUUCCGCAAGGCCAUUGCUGAACGCCACGGAAACCUUUGCCUGGACAAGGUACACGCAAUGAUCAAAAUCAAUGCCCUACACAAACCUGCUUAUGAGCAUCCCAAAGACCUGAAGGCGAGCAACGGACGCCUGCGGAUCGGCUAUGUCAGCUCAGACUUUGGCAACCACCCGACUUCACACCUGAUGCAGUCAAUUCCUGGAAUGCACAACCCCGAGAAGUUUGAGGUGUUCUGCUACGCGCUCAGCCCUGACGACAGCACCAACUUCCGCGUCAAAGUGGUAGCAGAAGCUCAUCAUUUCACAGACCUCUCACAGAUCCCUUGCAAUGGCAAGGCAGCUGAUCGUAUUCACCAAGAUGGAGUACACAUUCUGGUCAACAUGAACGGAUACACCAAGGGAGCACGGAAUGAGCUGUUUGCACUGCGCCCCGCCCCGAUUCAGGCCAUGUGGCUGGGUUACCCUGGAACCAGCGGCGCCCCCUUCAUGGACUAUAUCAUCACAGACAAGGAGACUUCGCCGAUGGAAGUCGCUGAGCAGUACUCGGAGAAGCUCGCCUACAUGCCCCAUACUUUCUUUAUUGGAGACCACGCCAACAUGUUCCCCCACCUCAAGAAAAAGGCUGUGAUUGACUUCAAGUCAAACGGACACAUCUUUGACAACCGCAUUGUCCUCAACGGUAUCGACGUGAAGGCCUUCUUGGACAGCCUGCCAGAUGUCAAAGUGAUUAAGAUGAAAUGUGACAACAACCAGGAAUCCACCGCGGACACCAACGGCGCUCUCUCUAUGCCCGUAAUACCCAUGAACACAGCAGCUGAAGCGAUCAUCAACAUGAUCAAUCAAGGCCAAAUCCAGGUCACAAUCAACGGCUUCACUGUCAGCAACGGGCUGGCCACCACACAGAUCAACAACAAAGCUGCCACAGGGGAGGAAGUGCCUCGCACAAUUGUAGUGACGACUCGCUCACAGUAUGGCCUCCCAGAGGACUCGAUUGUCUAUUGCAAUUUCAACCAGCUCUACAAGAUCGACCCUCCUACCCUUCAGAUGUGGGCCAACAUCCUGAAGCGUGUGCCCAACAGCGUGCUCUGGCUGCUCCGCUUCCCUGCCGUCGGCGAGCCCAACAUCCAGCAGUAUGCUCAGAACAUGGGCCUGCCCGGCUCGCGCAUCAUCUUCUCCCCCGUGGCUCCCAAGGAGGAGCAUGUGAGGCGGGGCCAGCUGGCCGACGUGUGCUUGGACACCCCUCUGUGCAACGGUCACACCACCGGCAUGGACGUGCUCUGGGCUGGAACACCCAUGGUCACCAUGCCAGGCGAGACUCUUGCAUCCCGAGUGGCCGCCUCUCAACUCAACUGCCUGGGCUGCCCGGAGCUAAUAGCCCAGAGUCGGCAGGACUAUGAAGACAUAGCAGUCAAACUGGGCUCCGACAUGGAAUACCUGAAGAUGGUUCGAGCGCGCGUUUGGAAGCAACGGAUCUGCAGCCCUCUUUUCAACACCAAACAGUACACAAUUGACUUGGAGCGGCUCUACCUGCAGAUGUGGGAGCACCACAGCAGCGGCAACAAGCCGGACCACAUGGUCAAAAACCAGAGCGUAGAGACCAGCGAGAACGCCUGAACUGGAAGCACGAAAUGUCUUCUCCCUCACGUCCCAGGCCCCGUUUAGGCACGAUCAGCACCAUAGAUCGAAUGGUCAGUGUCCCUCUUCAGCCCCCUCCCCUGGAAUGACCAUGUCCUCCCCCGCCUCAUUCAGUGAUAACAGGACUCUACUUGAUCGGAGCCUGCACAUGCUCACACCCGUCCUCCAUCGCCUCUGUAUUUGCAUCACACACCUGCGUUUCCUGAGCCAGAUAGAGCUUGAGACUUUCAGGUACCACAUCUGAGACUCUUGUCCCCCCCGACACAAGUUAUCGGUAUUUGAUGAGCAUGAGAGGACUGUGAAUGCCUGCUUAUCCCUUCAGUGCUUGGAUCUGUGGAUUUUUCUUCUCUCUUGUCUGUGUGAACACAGGACUACUUGCAGCUUGUGGGGAGAACGCCCGGCUGUCAUUACUUGUCUAUCUAUUUAUAAAUGGAAUAAGAGUGUUGUGUGUUUCAAAAUGACAACGUCGCGCCAUAAAAAUUGUAACUCGAUUUAAUUUUUUUCAGCUUUAACAUGCAUCGGAAAACUUCAGUCUACAGCUGCUCUUUAGUUUGUCUUGAGCUAUCUCCAUCCAGUAAAAACCAACAGUGGGUAGAAGUGCAGGUUUUGAAAAGCUAAUGUAGACAAAAACAUCUUCGACUCACUAAAUGCCAAAACAAUAAUUUUGUCAAAUCAGUUCAUUGGUAGUUUGUUAGAAGUAAAUUGAGGCUUGUAGAAAAGAUUGGGGGAAGUUUCUGACAAAAUAACUAUUAAAACGCAGAUGGGGAAAGGUCUAAAUUAGGUAAGAGAUAUACAUAAAUUGAUAUUGUUCCUUUUUUUAAAAAAAAACAAAAAAAAAAACACACAAACCAGGAACGGGCUCGGUAAGUAUUUUCUAAGCAGUUUUGUUUUUGUAUUGUCCGUUAACUGUAUGCUGUCAAUGAUGCCACGAGGUUCGAUAUAUAACAAUAAUAAACGGAUGGCAAAAGCA